GAAGAAAGAGAUCUUAUCUACGGCGAGUAUAGUACAGUCGUCUCUCACAGUUGAACAAGCACAGACCUUAAUAAAGCUCAUACAACGUACACACGCCACCACACACACCUGCCAUUACUCUUCUUCUCUUCUUCUUCAUUCUUCUUUCUUCUUCUCUCGCCGACGCUGUUUCCAAAUGCUGAAGCCAGGCAGCGUCAAGGUCUCUUCCAGCCCGGGGAGGGAGAACCUGCCGCCGACGCCCGGCCUAGCGCGCUUGCUCUACGGGAAGACCGUCGGAAGCCGUAGUCGCGGCCGCUCGGUGUCCGGAGCGGCGGCGCGGUCCAGCCCCAUGUUCGUGUCGCGCAGCAGGAGCCGCGGCCGCGCGGCGGGGGCGGGGGCGGCCGCCGAGGAGGGGGAGCCGUCGUCGCCCAAGGUGACGUGUAUCGGUCAAGUCCGGAUUCGGAACAAGAAGAGGGCGACGCCGGGGAAACAGAGGAAUGCGACUUCGCCCAAGAAGCGGAGGAGGGGCUCGUGCCUCGUGUCCUGCCACUGCUUUCACAAGGCUUUCCUCUGCGUCGUGUUCAAGACGCCCCCUGGCGGCGGCGGGGGACUACGGCGCUGGCUGUGGAGGCGGAGAUGGGGCGGCGUCCGAUCUGGAAGGAGCGGGAGGUACCAAGAGAGGAAGAAGCCGGAUCCGGUUAAGUCGCCGCCGCUUCCGGAGUUCGUCACGUGUGCGACAAAGGAAUCAGAUCAAGAAGACAGCGGCGAAGAAAAGGAAGAGCGUGCGGCGGCCGCGUGCGAGGAGGAGCCACGGGCUUCCUUGUCAUCGGAGACGGCGUCUUCCCCGCCGAAGAACGCGCUCCUCCUUAUGCGCUGCCGGUCAGCGCCGCACAACCGGGCGUCCUCGCUCGCCACCGCCCGAUUCGCGUUGCCUCCGGCCGAGGAGUUCGUGCAACAGCCCGCCGCCGGAGAAGAGCCAGCGCAGGAGGCGGAGGCCGAGGCCGAAGCCGAGGAGGACCAUCAAGUGGAAGACGAAGCAAAAGGGUCAGAGUCGCAGCGGCCGCUAGUGCUGCCGCGGAGCAAGUCGGAGCCGGCGCGGCGUGCGGCGGCAAAGCUGGCCAUCCCGGAGGCCGCCUCCUGCUUCUGGCCCAGCCACGUCAACGUCAGCCGCCGUCGCCGCUCGAGCCCCAACCACGGCUCCUCUCCGCCACUGUGACAACCACACCUUUGCCCCUACCUUCUCAUUCCAAUGUAAUCAAAAUCACAACUUUUCUCUCUAAAUCUACUGUUCAAAUUAAUAUUCUCGGCGAACAAUCGAAUCAAAUCAAGUGGAACAAGAAGAAGAAUGCACUGACCCAACGGUGGCCAGGCGACGUCUGGAUGUUCUCGAGUUCCCCUCGGGGAAUCUGCGGCGUAGCUUUGGGCCAUAUCCUUUCGGGAUGGAAGCAGGGAGAAGAGACAACGAUGUCGGCAUGGGAAGGAGUAGGCAACGCGCGGCCGUACGCCUCGGGAGCAGCAGCAAAACUGGAGAUGGCCCAGCGCGGCCAUGUGUCGACCCGCCAAGUCGCGUUAUAUUUCUUCCUCUGCUCUGUUCGGCUCUACUCUCGAGGCAGGGGAGGG